AUGAUUUUCUUAGAUCAUACCGAUGAAUUAAUCGGUAAACAGUGCGAGAAGCUGAACUGUGAGGAAUUGGCGCUGACAGAUAGUUUCUACAUAAUAUCGAUGAAUAUUGCUGAUAGCCUCAUCAAGCUAUUGCACAAAACGAGUGUAACAAUCGAAUGUGAAACGUGUUGUUACGGUGAUUACUUAAGACCUUUGGGAGAGUCACCAUUGUGGGAUUAUUUGCAAUGUAGUGAUGAACGUUUAGCACUUGCCAGAAAAACGUUCGCUGAUUUAUUCAGGUUAGUUCGUACAACUGAAUGUUUUUUGUGUCUUAUAUCAUUUUUCGACUCCUGUGAUGAUUCACAAAUUCACAAACUGAAAAAUUUCAGAGGUAAAACCACUGAAGUGGUCCAACUGCCGAGGAAUUCAUUCUUCCAUUUUGGUACCAUUCCAGAGCUGCUAAACCAUUUCGCUGUCGCAUCAGUGUUCUUGAAUCGGUUUCAGAUAACUGACCCUCAUAAAUGCCUGUACUCAGUUCUUGAUGGAUCUCAAGUCGAGGAACAUUUGUUAAACAAAAAAUUUUCAUUUCAGAUCGGUGAAAAAUCUACUGUGGAAUUCUGCGAGUUCAACCGCGGAGCUAAAAUCGGUAACAGUUGCUUGAUAAGCUCGUGUUCGAGUGAUCGUCACGUUGUGGCACCUGAUGGGAUUUGUCUAACGACCAUAAUUUUGAAUCAGGAUCAGACUCGCUUAUCGUUCGACCAAGCGAAUGAUAUAAAUCAAAGUCAUCUGAAUCGUUUUCAUCAUGUUACUAUUGCGUUUUCGAUUCACGAUAACUUGAAGCAAACCUCUGGAUCCAACUGCACCUUGCAAUGGUUUUCUCAUACCAUCAAAACGAGAACCCCUGAGGAUAGUCUCUGGACGGUGCCUCUAUUUCAAGUUUGUGAUACGGCAUCAGAAUCGUUACAGUCUACCAUAUCAGCAAUACAGAAUGGUCCUUUAACUACAAAAUCUGACCAUUCCAUAAUGCUACUGUCCAUGGAAGAAGCAUUACGUUUGAAGAAUAUUGAUGAAAUGUUGAAAUUUCGAAAACAAUUGAAACUGAAAGAAUUAUCCUUUCAAUAG